GGAACGACUGAAUUACCCGGCUCGUUCAGCACAUCACCCUCAACCUCGACUCUCUCCCGCUCAGUGUCCUCGAGGACAAUCAGCACCGUCGCUUCCCGGACGACAGAGGCCAAUUUUUGGUCCGGAAGCAUGUCGUCCGUCUCUGACACUGGAAAAAUAAACACCAGUCGUCAACGUCCAGGACUCUGGGGAAUGGUGAAUACCCACUGGCGGAGCAAAGGACAGUGACUCCAGGGUGGUCUAGUUAGAGAUAAUAGUGAAGCACUGAGGUUUAUUGGGUUCUACUUUAUGGAUGAUAGGAGUUGGAGAUGCAUGCCUCAUUGGAGCUAAUUUGAUUGUGUGCAAUCAGUGGCAUAAUUUCUUUUGCACCAGUAGAGCUGAUUUUGGUGCAGACAAUUAAUUAUUUUAGAAGUUCCCAAGCCCCAAGAAUUUUUUUUUUCUCCAAUGUUAUCUUAUUGCCAGAGAAUUUUAGGGUUUGGCCUGCAGCUUAAGAUGACCAGGUACCCUUUGCCCUACCUAGGCUCAUCAUUUUCAUUAUUUCCAUGUUUAACUCCAGACAUCCAAUCAAAUUAUUUGCAUAAUGAACCAUCAGCAAGUUCGAGUGGGAAUCAGCAUAUUCUUGAUGAAAGCUAUGUUAUCACUGAACUCUCUGAUCUAUUAAAAGUAUCUCCUAAGACUUCAAUCUCUAACUUGUAUAAAGAUUUUGAACCAGAGAAACAAGUAGAGAGAAGGUCUGUUGAUGCUUUUUUGUUGCCUGAAGAGAAACUCAGAGGUAUAUUUCUUCAAAAACUGAAGGGCAAAACUGCAAUUGAGAAUGCUUUGACAAGCACUGGUGUUGAGUUGAGUCUUGAUAUUGUUUCUAAAGUAGUUAGUAGAGACAGUUUAAGCGGGGAAGCAAUAGUUACGUUUUUCAAUUGGGCAAUUAAGCAGCCAAGCAUAUGUAGAGAUAUUCAUUGUUACAACCUAGUUCUUAAAGCAUUAGGAAGAAGAAAGUAUUUCAAAUUUAUGGUAGAGCUUUUGCAUGAAAUGGGGACACAUGGCAAAAAACCCACCUUAGAGACCAUAUCAAUUGUAUUGGACAGCUUUAUUAGGGCUAAUCACAUAAAUAAAGCUAUACAAACAUUUAGAAAUCUAGAAGAGGUUGGCUUGGAAUGUGAUACUGAAACUUUGAAUGUGCUUUUACAAUGUUUCUGUAGACGAUCUCAUGUGGGUGCUGCAAAUUCAUUCUUCAAUGCUAUGAAUGGAAGGAUACAAUUUGAUGCGACUACGUACAAUAUUAUAAUUGGUGGGUGGUCAAGAUUUGGUAAAGUAGAUCAAAUUGAGAGAAUUCUGAAGGCAAUGGUAGCUGUUGGGUAUAAGCCUGACUGUUUGACAUUCAGUUACCUUAUUGAGGGCCUAGGGAGAGCUGGUAGAAUUGGUGAUGCGGUUCGGAUUUUUGAUCACAUGAAAGAGGAAGGUUAUGUUCCAGACAUUAGGGUUUAUAACGCAAUGAUUUCUAAUUUUGUCUCAGUUAGAAAUUUAGAUGAAUGUAGGAGGUAUUAUAAGACUAUGUUGAAUGAUAAAUGUGAACCAGAUUUGGGUACCUAUACCAAACUUAUUUGUGCUUUUCUUAAGGUCCGAAAAGUGGCUGAUGCGCUUGAAAUAUUUGAAGAGAUGUUAAGUCGAGGAAUUAUUCCUACAACUGGGGCUGCAACCUCUUUUAUUGAACCUUUGUGUCAUUAUGGUCCACCUCAUGCUGCAAUGGUAGUCUAUAAGAAAGCACGAAAAGUUGGCUGUAGGAUUUCACUUAGUGCUUAUAAGCUAUUGCUCAUGCGGUUAUCAAGAUUUGGAAAAUGUGGAAUGUUACUAAAUUUAUGGGAGGAGAUGCAAGAAAGUGGUUAUGCUUGUGAUAGGGAAGUUUAUGAGUACGUUAUUAAUGGACUUUGCAACAUAGGACACCUUGAAAAUGCUGUACUAGUCGUGGAGGAAUCUUUGCAAAAAGGGUUUUGUCCAAGCAGAUUUAUAUACAGCAAACUAAACAAUAAACUGCUAGCUUCAUAUAAAGUGGAGACCGCUUACAAGCUAUUUUUGAAAAUCAAAGAUGCUCGUCGUUAUGAAAAUGCCCGAAGAUAUUGGCGUGCAAAUGGCUGGCACUUUUGAUGUGUUUACUAGCGAUGAAUGUGAAUAUGUUCUGCAUCCUCUGCACUGGUAUUCCUGAAGCAGGUACUUGGAUACAAGGCAAGAUGGUUUUUCUAUUCGUAAUUUUGCUUGUCCAGUGUAUUAUGGUUAUUCAUUAUGACCCCUGGUGCAUGUUGCAGUCUGUUGCUCGUGGACAUCAAUUCAAUUCAGUGGCUGCUGUACCUGCGAAAAGAAGGGUUUGGUUGGGUAAACAACUUCUCAAUAUUUUGGGUUUAGAAGACCAGGGCUUCUGAAUUCAGGUAACCAAUAUUAUUUUCUUUCUUAGGAAAGUCGCUAAAUGAGACCACCUCAAGCCAUGCCUGGUGGCAUUGGUGCCAGUGCAUCUUUGGCUACUUAAGCCCAGAAUAUAGAGCAAGUAAUAUACCUGGUCAAAAUCAAGGAUGCCUGCUGGUACUGCUUCCUCAAACCCAAGCUCUGCAUGCUAGUAUUGCCAGUCCUGAUAUCUUACGCACAAGCAUCUCAAAUGAAUGGUUCGGCGCAAGGGUUGGUGGAUCUCCAACAGAGUUAAGAUGGAUUAGUCCAUCAACUGUAUUAGCUGCCUCAGAAACCACAGACUAUAGUUUUGUUCAUCCUCACAGCCUAGAAUUGAUGAUUCUAGAUUGUUUCUAAAAUGGUUUUGACUCUGACUCCGUUUGGAGGCGAUGUAUUUCUUUCCUCAAACUGUUAACAAAAUCAAGGAUCUUUGUACAAAACUUUGUUAGUUGUGCACCUGCCUCACUAGACAUAUUUCCAAGGUCAACUGGGAUCAACAUUGAGCUUAGAUGAGUGCACUUGAUUCUGCAGUUCUUUCUUGAGAUAACCUGCAAGCAAUCCCUAAUCAGGCAUCGCUCCAGUUUCUAGUGAGGCUUCAGGAAAGACCAAUUCACUUGAUUCAUAAUGGUCUGUUUUCUGAAUGCCAAUUAGGGGAAGUCGGCUUGCUCACUGUGGGUCAUCAGUGAGCUUGGCUCAACAUAUUGCAGGUCAAAUUCUGCCUCGCUGGCAGCAUCAGGAAGUUCAGUUGGGGGGUUUGUAUUCAAAUCUAGGCAAUUGUUAGCUUCCAUGGCCAAAGGUGAAACCAUCUGAUAUUUACAAGUAGGCAACUUUUUCUACUCAAGUCAUUUCUGACAUGGAUAUGAAGACCAUCAGUGAGCAGGCAAGGGGUCGUCUUUUGAGUUGGAGGCUACCUAGAGCUAAGACUUAAAUAGGCAGUCAUUGAUUGAACCGCCUGAUCAUGAAUGGUCUGAGGGAUAAAUCUCUUGGCUCCUAAAUGAUUUUAUAGCUUAUUGGUAAAUAUCGAGCAAAGUGAAAUGAUGCUUGAUUGAAUGUUUCUUCAAGUUUCCAGCACUGUUAUUUUGGUUACUAGGCUUCUAAUUCCUGACUUCAGACAAAGUAUUUUGCGUUGGCUAGUGUUUUGGUGAUUAAAAUAGCUUUAUGAUUCCAAAAUUGUGAAAUGGGACUGGACUGAACACUGAAUUUACUUCUAAGCUGAUUAUUUUGCUUUUAUAUGCAAUCUUCAUCUCCAUCGAUCUUAGAUUUGAACUGUGGGUUGCAUUUUACUGAUUUGGAAGUUUCGUGUUUCUUUGGAACAUUUUAUCUUAGACAUGCCAAAAACUUUGUUCCUUAUCUGAGGGAGUUUUGCCUUGCUUGUAUCCGAUGGAAUGGUAGAAGGAAGGCCAUCCUCUUCCAGCAGCACUUGGUAGCAAUGUCAUGUCUGAUGAGGGUUGAACUCCCAGGUCCUAAUGUUGUUCGGAUUGCUCAAUUCCAUCUAUUUAGAAUCAAUUAUGUUUCAUACUCUCCGCCAAAAAAGUUUUCUUGCUGACUCAGUUGCUCCUUCUGAGUUUUCAUGAUCAGGUUUAGGGCAACUGCAGGAUAUGGGUGCUAGACUGCAGAGUUGAAGAGGGAAAGAGGGCAGGCAAAUGGAAUCCAGGAGAGGAAGAGAAGUUAAAACGAAAGGAGGUGCUUGAUUCUGAUUAAGAAAAAAAAGCUGAGAGUUAGCUAAAUUUAAUUAGUUUUUAAUUUCUUCAACUUAAUAAAUAACAAAUUUGUUUUUAAUAAAGUAUUUUAAUUCAGCUUCCCAGUA